GGCAUGCUCAGAUGUACACAGUCCUAGCUGAUGAGGUCACAUCCCAUAAUGAAGAGCUGAUGCCAAUGUGUGUUCGCUUCGUGGACAAAGACUUAAAUAUCAGAGAGGAGUUGCUUGAGAUUUGUACUUUGCCACGGAUCACAGGUCGCCACAUUGCAAGCGCGAUCAAAGAUGUGCUGAGUCAUCUAAGCAUAGAGAUUGCUGACUGUCGAGGCCAGGGGUACGAUGGCGCCAGCAAUAUGAGCAGCGAAAAUGUUGGCGUUCAAGCUUUGAUAAAAAAGGAUGCGCCUAAGGCAGUUUAUAUGCACUGCAAUGGGCAUUGCUUGAACCUUGUCAUUGCACGCUCUUGUGCUCUUCCAGUUGUGCGCAACAUGAUUGAUAAGAUGAAGUACAUCGUCAUGUUCUUCACCUGCAGCCCGAAGAGGGAACACCUUCUCAAGGAGGUUGUAGAUAAGGAGGCACAUUCUACCGGAAAGCGGAAGCCCCUGAUUGACCUCAGCCGCACAAGAUGGGCAGCACGGCAUGAUGCCUACAGUCACUUCUACAGUGCCUUUGUCGCAUCAAGGCUCAUGGGCCUAAUUCCAUCUGUCCAGUGCAACUCAGAUGUAACGGUGGACAUCUCUGAAGCAGUCGCUCUGUACCAAGAUGACUUGCCAUCACCAGAGGUCAUUGACCAGGAGCUGAAACGGUGGAAGUUGAAGUGGCAGGUCAAAGCAUUACACCAAAGACCAAGCUCAUGUGCCUCAGCUAUCAAAGAGUGUGAUGAGAUGAUGUAUCCGAACAUCUUCAAACUCCUGAAAAUUGCAUGCACCUUGCCAGUGACCUCCUGCGAAUGUGAGAGGUCUGCCAGUGUUCUCCGGAGACUCAACACAUUCAUGCGGAGCAGCAUGGGAGAGGACCGCAUGUCAUCCUUGGCUCUCAUCCAUACCCACUACGACAUGGCUCUGGAUCUGGAUGAAGCUGUCGAUCUAUACUCAAAAAUGCACCCAAGACGAUUGGAGCUGAUGAGCGUUCUGAUGCAAUAGAAGCCAUAGAAGAAGAAGAGGGAGACAUGGGGGGUGGGUCAUUUCACGUGAAAUCAGACACUUUGGGGCCCAACCGACACAGAUUUUAAUCAAACUUUGUGUGCCUUCUUAGUGGUAAGGUAGAACCCCAGAACUGCAUUUGCAUGAAUCUGGCACUAAUAUAAGGGAGAAAUGGACUAAGAAUGUUUUAAGUAAGAGGGUAGGGCACUACACAUUCAACCUUGAUUAUGUCAAUUUAAAUUACAAAGAGAUGGUUUUGAUGCUGUUUGAAAGCUCUUUUCUGGAACACUUCAAUUUAUAUCAUUAUUAAUUCAUGUUUAAGUUUUAAUGACCAUACCGAUAGUGUACUUCAUGAAGUAAUUCUUAUCUAUUUAUGUCAACAGUGGAGAGAUAGACAAUAAAGGACAGCAACAACAGACAGACAGAACAACAACAGAGACAGACAAUGGAGGGCAGCAACAGACAGGCAAUGGAAGAAAGCAACAGACAACUGAGGUGAGCAACAGAGACAGACAAUCACAGAUGUAGGAAGUUUGAGUAACACUUACAUUUAUAUCAAAUUCUUCAUUCUUGUUAAAGUUUUAAUGACUAUAGAGAUAGCUCAAUUGAAGCAAUUCAUGUCCAUUUAUGUUAACAGUGGGGAGCAACAGACAAAAAAUGAAGGACAGCAACAACAGACUCACAACAAACUUGACGAUGAAUAAAAUAUGUCUAAAUUAAAAGAUUUGAAGUGUGCUGGUGUAUUUAGGGGGCAUUGGAGUAGGGAGCCAAAUGAAGUCCACUUUCGGGGGGAAAAGAUCCCCCCCCACCACAAUGCUGGCU